AUGGGCUUGUCUGCAUCCACCCCUGCUGCUUCGGUUCAGACCUCUACCCCUGCUGCUUCAGAUCAUCAGACAGCAGCCCCAACGUCUGGAUGCCCAAUGCAUGAAGGGAAAGUGAAAGGCUGUCCAGUGAAUGCCGAGCCAUCCGACUCAACCUGUGGGAGCAAAAUAAGCUCUGUGCCUGCACACCAGGAGCGCGCCUAUGAGUACGUGCAGUGUCCCAUCACCGGCGCCAAGGCUGGGAACAAGGAGAACCUGGAUCCUUCGAACCUGAUGCCACCUCCUAAUCAAACACCAGCCCCCGACCAGCCGUUUCCACUAUCUACUGUGAGAGAGGAAUCGUCUAUUCCGAGGGCAGAUUCAGAUAAAAAGUGGGUUUAUCCUUCUGAACAGAUGUUCUGGAAUGCGAUGUUAAGGAAAGGGUGGAAAUGGAAGGAUGAGGAUAUUAGUCAGAAAGACAUGUAUAACAUCAUUAGGAUUCACAACCAGAAUAAUGAGCAAGCUUGGAAGGAGAUUUUGAAAUGGGAAGCCCUUCACGCUGCUGAGUGUCCUUGUGGUCCAUCCCUGAUCCGGUUUGGAGGCAAAGCGAAAGAGUAUUCACCACGGGCAAGAAUUCGCUCCUGGAUGGGGUACGAGCUGCCUUUCGACAGGCAUGACUGGAUCAUCAACCGUUGCGGGACGGAAGUAAGAUAUGUCAUUGACUACUACGAUGGUGGUGAGGUCAACCAAGACUACCAGUUCACCAUUCUGGACGUGCGGCCCGCUUUGGAUUCGCUCUCGGCCGUAUGGGACCGGAUGAAGGUGGCCUGGUGGCGCUGGACUUCCUAA